AUGGCAACAUCCAUGCAAAAAGCGCAAAUCCCUUUCCGGGUUAAAGGCCAAAUCACCUGUAUUUACCACAAGGAGGGACAACUCGACCUUUACUGUGAAGAAUGCCAACAACUUGCUUGCAUUAACUGUCUGUCUACUGUACACAAGGGCGAUCCUUUGUGUAGAUUAGAUGAAAUUACUCCUCGAAUAGAAGAAGACAUCCGAAACUACAUAGACAAAAACGAGAAGGCUGACCUGGUGCAAAUCGACCAAUACAUCACUGCUACUGAAGAACAGUUAAAAGAUAAUGCAAGCAACUUUGAAAAACUUUCAUUCCAGUUGAAGACACAAACUAACAAAUUAAAACACAACCUUGAGCUGCUAGCAGCUCAGACUCUGUCUCUCUAUCGACAAAUGGAGGAGGAAAACUCCAAGCUACUACAAACAUACAAACAGGAUCUGGAAAUGUACAGCACUCGGCUAAAACAACAAGUACAAGAAUGUAAGGUUGUACUUCAGCGUGGCUCUGACAUACAAAUCUACGACGCAGGGUCUGAAAUUCAAUCUUCCGUCACACUCCCUGUAAAACCUACCCUGGGUACCGCUAGCUUCAGUCCGAACCGAAAUCCUCAGAAUUACCUGGAACAAGCUUUGGGCAAAGUUAACAUCACAGGACAAGGUCUUGGUCAAGCUUUACAAAGACAUGGUCGUUCAGGUGGAUCAUCUGCCGGACAAGGAUUACUCUCCACACAACCUCGGGAAAAACUAAAGGUAAAGACAUCCUCUACUCAACAGAGAUCAAAAGCAAGAAAGGACGUAUCCAGUCCCGUAUAUACCCUGUUGCAUCAGACCAAGGUGUUGGGGGAGUGGAAGUCUUUAUGUUAUAUCACUUCUGUAUGUCCCACCACUGAUGGUCAGGCAUGGACCAGUUACUUUGGCAGUAACACCUUAACUCUCCUAGACAGGAAGGGAAAAGUUAUUCAGGAGGUUACACACAAUGCUGAGAUCAUAGACAUAAGUCUGUCACCCACAACCAAGACACUGUGGGUCUGUGACAAGGAAAACAACACCACAGAGCUCGUGUCAGGACGACUAGUACACAGAUUCAGCACCAGGAAUAAACCACUGUGUAUCUGUAUCACAGGUAGUAACCAUGCCAUUGUAGGGAUGGCCAAACACAUCUCAAAACUCACCACUAAAGAAAUCGCCGCAACCUGUUAA